CAUUGCAACAAAGUACCUUGUACAGUUAAUGAAAAUGUGUAUUUACCAUUAUACUCUUAAAUUGCAAAGAAAUAAAAAAUAUCCAAGAAUGUCAGUACUGUUUUCAGGCUAUCACCUAUAAAGGAGGACUAAAUGUGUUCGUAACUCCAAAUUAAGUAUGUUUUCAUUUGCAGACUUAGUCUUUCCAGACCUGAGAACAUAAGUCACCCUGUUUAGAAAGUUAAAAAAAGUCUUCUUGGAUUAAGUCAGGGGAAACCACCUGAUUGUGUGUCACUCUUAUGUGAAAUCAUGGAAAAUGGGAGCUCUACCUCUUAUUUCAUUCUCCUAGGCUUCUUUAACCACAGCACAGCCCACCAAGUCCUCUUCGUGAUGCUUCUGGCCAUUGUUUUGACCUCCCUGUUUGGCAAUGCCCUCAUGAUUCUCCUGAUCCACCAGGACCGCCGGCUCCACACGCCCAUGUACUUCCUCCUGAGCCAACUCUCCCUCAUGGACAUGAUGCUGGUUUCCACCACUGUGCCCAAAAUGGCGGCUGACUACCUGACCGGAAAUAAGGCCAUCUCCCCCGCCGGCUGCGGUGCGCAGAUCUUCUUCCUCCCCACGCUGGGGGGCGGAGAGUGCUUCCUCUUAGCAGCCAUGGCCUAUGACCGCUGCGUGACUGUCUGCCACCCACUCCGAUAUCCCAUGCUCAUGAGCUGGCAGCUGUGCCUGAGGAUGACCAUGUCGUGUUGGCUCCUGGGUGCAGCUGACGGGCUCCUGCAGGCUGCUGCUUCCCUGAGCUUCCCGUAUUGCGGGGCGCACGAGCUCGAUCAUUUCUUCUGCGAGGCCCCCGUGCUGGUGCGUUUGGCUUGUGCUGACACUUCAGUCUUCGAAAACGCCAUGUACAUCUGCUGUGUGUUAAUGCUCCUGGUGCCCUUGUCCCUCAUCCUGUCCUCCUAUGGUCUCAUCCUCGCCGCUGUUCUCCACAUGCGCUCUACAGAAGCCCGCAAGAAGGCCUUUGCCACCUGCUCUUCACAUGUGGCUGUGGUGGGACUCUUUUAUGGAGCCGCCAUUUUUACCUACAUGAGACCCAAAUCUCAUAGGUCCACUAACCACGAUAAGGUUGUGUCAGCCUUCUAUACUGUGUUCACCCCUUUGCUAAACCCCCUCAUCUACAGUGUGAGGAACAGUGAGGUCAAGGGAGCCCUGACAAGGUGUAUGGGUCGGUGUGUGGCCUUAAGUCAUGAAUAA